AUGCCAAAACUGAAUUUCAACCAAAUCAAGCACUAUUGGUCAGUGAUAAAAUACGAAGUGAAAUGGCGGUGGGAAGAUAUUAAACAUGAACACACUGCCGGAAUUCCUGAUGAUCCUAACGAGCCUAAACCUGUAAAAGUGAAAAUUCCGAUCAGUAUUCGCCUACGUUGUCUGAAGAAUGCAAUUAUUCAAACAGGUAUUGACAUGAAAAAUAGUACCAUCGAAACGAUGCAACUCGUAGGAUUAAAAAGCAAAAAGGAACCAGAGUUACCACAAAAUGAUGAACAAGCUGUACAAACAAAUGAUCAAAUAUUGCAUCCGAAUAAUCUUUCAUCAUCACAAAAUAAUAUACGAGGACCAAUGUCACCAUCGGAAGAUUGGCAUAGCAUACAAGAAAAAUUUCAACAUUUUGUGCGGACACGAUUUACACUCGUUCAAUCUUCAAUUCGACAAUUUCUCAUUGGAUACAAUGAAGGAAUGGGAAGAGAUUUGGAAACAUUUAAAAAGAAACAAAACAUGUCCGAUUUACUGGGCGCAUCCGAAAUGAUAAACAAAGAAGAUUGGAUGAAUAAGAUAAAAACCAUGGCUGGCGGUCUUCGGAAAUUUAGAGAGGAAAUGCAUGGAAUUGCUGUCAUUAAAGAAGAUGACACACUGUUGAAAGAGGACUUGGAAAAAGCCAAGAUGAUCCAACAAAAGGACAGCCACCUAAAUUUGUUCCCAGGUUCAUUUGAUAUCAGCAACGUUCGAGAGCAGGUGAAAAGCAAGGCCAAUGAUCUGGAUACUAGUUCAGCAACUACGAAUACAAAUGAGAGCACGACUGAUGUCAAUCGCAUUAUUGCUCCAAAACAAAAUACAUCAUCAUAA